AUGGUCUCCGCUCAGGGAUACAUAGUUACAUUGGUACGAGUUACGAAAUGCGAAGCAAAGAAAAAGCCUGAAACGUAUCCUCCUCUUCUUCCAUCUCCACCAUACUCCAGGGUCUGUCCUGUUACGUAUCAUACUGAGAAUGCCCCUGCAUUCCUCCCUGUGCGGUACAGACAGUUGGAAGACCGCUUGGAUCUCUCCAACAAUAACUAUGGCGCUAUGACACCUGACUACCCGGAUUGCUGCCUGUUCGUUCAGUGCUGCCCGAAAGAUCGACACGUUUUCUACGAACUAUCAAGGUCCUAUACGGUCUACAGAACACGAAAUAGGCAGUUCUUGCCAGAUAUCAUGUUUCGAGUAUCCCAGGUAGGCAAUCUAAGCGUCUGCUUAGAGCUUGAGAUGCGAGGUCCAGUGCCCGACACCAUCCACUAUAAUACUGUCCAGUGUCCACAAUCUUGCCGUGCGGAUGCUCUGACACCGACCCGUGCCUUUGUUCCACUGUGGAACGACUUGGAGCUUGAACGGUUGUCUCCAUCUGGUGGCGGCUGUACACUUCCACGUCGUCGUCCGCGUAACUUGUCCAAGCCUCAUCGAUUGUAUCCCUCUCCGCCAAUGGCAAUGGUGCAUGGUAUUAGCCUUCAGAGCAAGCAUUUCUAG